ACAGUGGGCGGCAUGUCAACCAGAUGAAAAUAAAAAAUAAAUAUGAUUUUCGGUUUCAAACAUGUUGUAAUUUGAAAAUCAAAAGUAUGGGUUGGGUAGUAGAGAUGGGUGGCAUGCACGUUACAAUAAUUCGUGCUCCCACGACCACCGCUUCUUGGAGGACCGUACCCCGCCUAGCUAGCUACACCUCUGGUUGUUGCGGGCGCGUGCCUGUCUUCCCCGCCGCGAGCGUUCCUCUCGGCUGUUGAGGCGCGUUCCGGCGGUCGGGGAGAAACGGGGAGCCGGCUCCGGCCGGCGGAACGGCGUCUCAAUCAUGGGCAGCCUUUGCUCCAAGGAGCAGGUUGUCGAGGAGGAACACGUGCCGGUGCCGGUGCCGGACAGGUUGCGGCUGCAGAAGGCGCCCAGCCAAUCCCUGAAGCAGCUCAUCACUCUCACCGCCAAGGAGGAUUCUGCGGUCGUCGCGCCGGUCGUGCACGCCGUCAUCAGCAGGUCCGAGUCCAGCGUCAAGCCCAAGGCGCAGCCUACCACCGCGCCCGCGCCCGAGAAGAAGGCUCCGGUGCUCCUCGUCGCCUCUCUCAACAAGUCGUACAGCACAGCCGGGCUCACGCACCACCGGCGGCCCACCGUGGACACAGGCGACCAUGAUGCAGCGGACCCCAUCCCGCAGGGCGUGCCCCAGGGGUUCUCCGGCGAGCACGUGAUCGCCGGCUGGCCGUCCUGGCUAACCUCCGUGGCCGGGGAGGUGGUCCACGGGUGGCUGCCCCGCCGUGCCGACACCUUUGAGAGGUUGGACAAGAUCGGGCAGGGCACGUACAGCAACGUGUACAUGGCGCGCGACCUGCAGAGCGGCAAGAUCGUGGCGCUGAAGCGGGUGCGCUUCGUCAACAUGGACCCGGAGAGCGUGCGGUUCAUGGCGAGGGAGAUCCACAUCCUGCGCCGGCUUGACCACCCCAACGUGAUCAAGCUGGAGGGCAUCGUCACGUCACGCCUCUCCCACAGCCUCUACCUCGUCUUCGAGUACAUGGAGCACGACCUCGCCGGCCUUGCCGCCACCCCGGGCCUCCGCUUCACCGAGCCGCAGGUCAAGUGCUUCAUGAGGCAGAUCCUGGCCGGGCUCCACUAUUGCCACGGCCGUGGGGUGCUCCACAGGGACAUCAAGGGGUCCAACCUGCUCAUCGACGACAAGGGCGUGCUCAAGAUCGCCGACUUCGGGCUGGCCACCUUCUUCGACCCGGCCAAGACGCAGCACCUCACGAGCAGGGUCGUCACGCUGUGGUACCGCCCGCCGGAGCUCCUGCUCGGAGCCACCGAGUAUGGGGUCGCGGUCGACCUGUGGAGCACCGGCUGCAUCCUCGCCGAGCUGCUCGCCGGAAAGCCCAUCAUGCCUGGACAGACCGAGAUUGAGCAGCUGCACAAGAUCUUCAAACUCUGCGGGUCGCCGUCCGAGGAGUACUGGGCCAAGGCGAAGCUGCCGGACGUGACCCUCUUUAAGCCGCAGCGACCCUACAGGCGCCGGACGGCCGAGACUUUCCGGGACUUCCCUCCCACAGCGCUGGACCUCGUGGACACGCUGCUGGCUAUCGAACCCUCCCACCGGGGCACCGCAGCUUCGGCAAUCGACAGCCAAUUCUUCAGAACCAAGCCCUUGGCGUGUGACCCGACGAGCUUGCCCAAGUACCCGCCAAGCAAAGAGUACGACGCCAAGCUCCGCGGCAAGGAGGCCAUGAGGCAAAACGCGGCGGCAACCAUAGCAGGCAAGGGCUCCCUGUCCGUGAAGCCGGGAAGAAACGACGAACCCAAGCCAGUAGACGCCGUUGGAGCAGACCGCCAGAGGAGGCAGGUGCGUAACAACCCGAAGAGCAGCAGCCACCACUACAGCACGCUGGAGGACAGCAUGUCGGGAUUCCGCAUGGAGCCGCGGGCAGCCGCCGGGCAGCUGUCGACGAUGCAGAACGCCGGGCAGUUCGGGUCGACGUGGUACAGGAAAGACGACCAGCGCGGCCGCGGGGUCCAGCGAACGACCAGCUCCGUCAGGGUGUCGAACCACGCCGCGCACCUGACGUCACAGAGGUCCUACGCCACGUCCCGGGGCACCGACCUGCACCCGAGCUCGUCGGCGGCCAGGAACACCAACUCCAAGUACAACCGCCUCGACGUCGCCGAGCCCGCCAAUGCGCUUGACAGGCCCGUCCCUGCCAACAAAGACACAGCCAUGCCCAUGAGGGACGCCCCUUCAGCUGUGCCUGGUUACGGGGGGCGGAACCGGAGGAUGAACUACUCCGGCCCGCUGGUGCCGCUGGGAGGGAACAUGGACGAGAAGCUCAAGGAGCACGAGCGGCAGAUCCAGGUGGCGGUGCGCAAAGCGCGCGUCGACAAGGAGAGGACCAACCGCAGCGGUAGAAAAUGACAUGUUAGAGGGUCAUCCUCACUGCCAGAUCGAGCCUGUCGUGCGUGCACAGAAACACCUCCAUGGAUGGAACCAUAGGCGACCAGCAGGAUCUCCAACGCGGGCUCGGGCUCAGGCUCGCUGCUGCCGCCGCACGGUGCCACGUCCCGAGACUCAGGCUUUUCUUGAUCCAUGUAUAUAAUACGGAGCAGAGUUGGAAGGAUGCGGAAAGCCUCAAGGGAAAUGAGACUUGUACACCGGGGUUGUAAAGAUGAAAAAAAAAUCUCGAAUAUGCACGAGUGUGCAUAUCAUAUAUUAAAAAAGAAAGGCAAAGUAUGCCUCCACAGUUACAUUA